CCUCCAUCCAUCCCCAGUCUUCGCCCACGGAACAAUUAUAAUACGCCCCCGAAACCGCGUGGCCACAGCACGGCACGGGUACUCCGCGCGGAACACCACCAAGUCUGCCGAGACGAGCGCGCGCGCGCCACCACCACCUUACCAUGAUGAACACCACGAACGAGAUGAUGCACCGCCACGUCGUCCAGGCAGCGGCCGUGCCCUUCGCGGCGGGCGGCGGUAGGGGCGGCAUGGCGCCGGCGCACGGGAGCAAGCAGCGGGCCGGGCUGCCGCCGCCGGCGCCGCCCUCCUCGGGGUCCGGCGGCUCCCACCCCCAGCUGCACGCCGACGCGUGCGUCGUCCAGAUGCAGCAGCAGGAAGGGCAGCUUCUGCCGCUGCGCAAGGCGCACCGCCGGUCCCGCAGCGACGUGCCGUUCGGGUACUUCCCGCCGCCGUCGCCCAAGACGGAGUCCGGCAGCUGGGCCGGCGCCGGCGGGGACGACCUGUUCAGCGCGUACAUGAGCAUGGAAGGCAUGGACUCCGCGGGGCUGAGCAACAACAACUCCGACGGGGAGUACAGCCGCGGGAGCAGCGUGCCGGCCGCGGGGAAUGGCGCCGACAGCAGCGAGAACGAGUCCGAGGACUACGGCGGCGGCGGCGAGGGCCAGGUCUUCCUCUGGGGCGGCGACGCCGGCGGCAGCGGCGGCAAGAAGAGGAAUGCCGCCGGGGAGACGGCGGCGUUGGCGGGCCGGCACGCGAGGAGCCUGUCCAUGGACAGCCUCAUGGGGAGGCUCAGCUUCUCGGGCGCCAACGGCAACGGGGAGCCGGGCAAGCUGUUCAGCCUCGAGUUCGGCAGCGGCGAGUUCACCCCGGCCGAGAUGAAGCGGAUCAUGGCCGACGAGAAGCUCGCCGAGAUGGCCCUCGCCGACCCGAAGCGCGUCAAGAGGGUGCUCGCCAACCGGCAGUCGGCGGCGCGGUCCAAGGAGCGACGGAUGCGGUACAUCGCCGAGCUGGAGCACAAGGUGCAGAUCCUGCAGACGGAGGCCACCACCCUCUCCGCGCAGCUCACCCAUCUACAGCGUGAUACGUCGGGACUCGCCACGCAGAACAACGAGCUCAAGUUCCGGCUGCAGGCCAUGGAGCAGCAGGCGCAGCUGCGCGAUGCAUUGAACGAGGCGCUGACAGGGGAAGUCCAGCGUCUGAAGCUCUCGGCAACGACGUCGGAGCUCGGCGACGGUGGCUCGUCUAGCAACCUGGCCCAGAAGAUGCAGCUCCGUUGCCAGAACCAGAUGCUCGAGCUGCACAAGCAGCAGCAGCAGCAGAUACCGUUCUAUCAGCUGGAGCAGCCGGAGCAGAACGGCGCGGCGUCAAGGACCCACGAGUCCAAAUGAUGGUUUCAGGAGGGAGAAGAUACAGAAGCUCUACUAUUAGUCGUUUAGAUGAUCUGCAUUUACUUUCCCUAACACAUUUGUUUGGACAAUGAUCCAUAUAGUUGCUUGUGUCUGUCCGGGAAAGGAUCCGGCACUAUUUUUUUUCUGCAUGUUUUUUCGUCCCUUUCAGAACACACAUAUUGUCGCUGGAGGUAAGAUGUAACGAAUUGAAAUUCAUUUGUAGUAUCAAUGUUUGAGUAUUCUUUUUUACUAA